AUGGGUUUCACUUCCGAGCUGCGCGACCACCUGCUGGCACAGCCCAAGAGCUUCAAGAAGAAGAAGGAGUACGACCUCGAGGAGAUCCUUGGCCGCGGUGGCUUUGGCAAGGUCCUCAAGGCAACAUGGAACCCUCCUGACGGCGAGAAGAAGGAGGUCGCUCUCAAGAUCAUCCCGAAGAAGCUGGUCAAGGACCCGGCAACGAUCAUGGACGAGAUCAACGUGCUCAAGGAUCUCGACAACCCCCAUAUCGUCCACGUCUGGGACCACUUUGAGUCGCGCGACAAAUACUACAUCGCGUUCGAGCUGGCUAUUGGCGGCGAGCUCUUUGACCGUAUCACCGAGAAGGGCCGCUUCACUGAGAAGGACGCUGCUGAGUGUAUCCGCCAGGUCCUCGUAGCAACGUCCUACCUCCACAGCAAGAACAUUGUGCAUCGCGACCUCAAGCCCGAGAACAUCUUGUACAAGACCCGCGACGAGAGCUCGCCCAUUGUCAUUGCCGACUUUGGUAUUGCCAAGCACCUUGACAGCGCCGAUGAGGAAGUCACUUCCAUGGCCGGCUCGUUUGGCUACGCCGCCCCCGAGGUUCUCCUCGGGAAGCCCCACGGUCUCAAGGUGGACAUGUGGUCCAUUGGUGUCAUCACCUACACUUUGCUCUGUGGCUACUCGCCCUUCCGCUCAGACGACAAGAACGAGCUCAUCCGCGAGACAACCAAGGGUAAAGUGACCUUCCACGAGCGUUUCUGGAAGCACGUCUCUGAGACUGCCCGUGACUUUAUCCGCCGCCUGCUCGUCGUCGACCCCAAGGGCCGCAUGUCGGCGGCCGAGGCUCUCAACCACCCAUGGAUGAAGGGCUCGGACGGCGAGGACUACGACCUGUCGGCCAACAUUCGCGAAAACUUCAACCCGCGCAAAAAGUGGAAGGACGCGUUCCGUGUCAUCCAGGCCAGCAACAAGUUCAAAAUGGCCGCAGCGGGCGCGGCACACCAGGCAAAACCCGAGCCGCUCGACACCGACUCGAGCGAGUCGGAGGGGUUCAGGACAGCCGAGUCGGACGAGGACACCAAGGUGCAGGGCGCCGGCACCGCCCGCAAGGCUGGAGGAGGCGGCGGCCUGGCAGGGCUUGUGGGCCAGGCAAAGGCAAAAGCCGCUGCCGACACUGGCCUCGAGGCCUCGGUCCAGAGCCUCAAGGUCGAGUAA